ACAGAUCUCAUUGGUUAACUGGCUGGAUACCUUCUUGGUGCCCAACUUCAAUGUCAAAAUUAAAGGCAGUGGAAUCCAGGAUACUUCAAUGUAUCAAGAACAGAUUUUCUGCAGGUUAUGUCUCUUUACCGGAUCAGAACAAGAUUUGGACAUUGACAGUGAGCCCUGAGCUAAGGGAAAAGACACCGUUAGUAAUGGUUCAUGGUUUUGGAGGUGGGAUAGGACUAUGGAUUCAAAAUAUAGACCGCCUUAGUUCACGACGGACUCUCCAUGCUUUUGAUUUGUUGGGAUUUGGACGUAGCUCCCGGCCAACCUUUCCAAGUGAUCCAGAAGCAGCAGAAGAGCAGUUUGUAUCAUCCAUUGAGCAGUGGAGAGAAGAGAUGGGAAUUAAGGACAUGAUUCUCCUCGGGCAUAGCUUAGGUGGAUUCCUGGCUGCGUCGUAUUCCAUGAAAUACCCACAGAGAGUGAAACAUCUCAUUCUUGUUGAUCCAUGGGGAUUCCCAGCCUUGCCAACAGACCCCAGUGAGGUGCGUUCUCCUCCAGCAUGGGUAAAAGCUAUUGCUGCAGUUCUUGGACGAUCCAAUCCUUUGGCUGUUGUAAGAGCAGCGGGACCUUGGGGGCCCAGAUUGGUGCAAAGAUUUCGUCCAGACUUGAAAAGGAAAUUUGAGGAGUUCUUUGAGGAUGACACCAUAAUGGAAUACAUUUACCACUGCAAUGCUCAGACACCAAGCGGUGAAAGUGCUUUCAAGACCAUGAUGGAGAGAUUUGGCUGGGCUAAGCGACCAAUGUUGCCUCGUCUUGAUUCGCUUCCUAAAACCCUUCCCAUCACAUUCAUCUAUGGGGCAGAGACCUGGAUUGACAGCAGCACGGGGGAAAAGGCCAAACGGCUACGACCUGACUCUUAUGUGCAAACGCUGGCCAUCAAAGGUGCCUCUCAUCAUGUAUAUGCAGAUCAGCCAAGUAUCUUCAAUGAAGUGGUGGACGAGAUUUGUGAUGCGGUGGAUUGA